CUUGAACCCAGUGGCUUGCGUUACGAGGAAUUGAAUCCGAUGCCUGUCUCAAUAAAUCGAUGCAAGUGACUGGCUUCCUUGCAGGAUUGCGCAUCCCCAUUUCUCAUUCCCAUCCACCGCUUGCCUUUUCCUUCAAGAUUUCACAAUCACAUUUUACCAAGUUUAGGGAUCACGAAGAACUCAAGAUUGGGUGAGGUUGAAAGACGGUGUAAGAGUCGUCACAAUGCUGAAGUCCUCUCCCCAAUCAGAAGACAUUGCGUCACAACUCCCAAAGGCCGCAGAGCCCUUGGUAGACAUCACAGAGCUUGGUCCAGAGUCACCCUCAGAAGGCUCUGAACACAGCGAUCAAAAUGCCCAACCUAUCCAAGAUUCACAUCUCGUCUUCGACGACGAAGUCGACACAUCCGAAGCAGACCUCACUAUCGAUACCGUCUUAGACAGACGACUGCAGACUACACGAACAGCACCAUUACGUCCACAAGGUCGCAGAUCAAUCUCAGGACAACAAACCAGAGACUUGAGCCAUGGAUCCAAAGACUUUGACAACAGCAUUGCCAAGAGCGACGGCGAUAGCACCACGAUCCGAAGAGUUCACAUCAGCUUGCCAAAGCGCAACAGUCGCAAUGAUUCGCAGCCUCUAUCGACAAGACGAACAAUGUCCAGUGAAACUACAACUACUUCGGGCAGUUUCAUAGGACGACGCGCUGUCAGCAGCCAGUCCAACAAGGCGCUGUCCACAGAGGAUCGCAUGGUUAGAGCGUAUAGUUCUCUCAGAGAGCUGCGCAUGACAUGCACCCUCCCUGCCUCACGAGAGCGCGUUACGAUUCAUCACGUUUUCGAUCUCAUUGACAAGACUCGCAUGAGACUUGUCCCGCAUCAAUGGAGUCUUGUUGAUCGACGUCUGAAGCAAGUGCAGUCUUCUGCCGAGCGCAUCGCUGAUUUCGUGGCGCUUAUGAAGAAUCAUGGCUCUGAUGCUGAUAGUGUCGCUUCCAUGUUUUACUCUUGCUGCGAACUUGCUCUGUCUAUGCAGGGAAAGCUUACUAGCGCCAGUACGGCGCUGGAUAACUUGCUGGCGGUUUUCCACAGAGCCAGUGUUACGGUUCAGCAUGUCAGAGCUUCGGUGCCUGAGGGCGUGUCGUCGGAUAAGCUGUACAGCUGCUUGUCCAAGGUGCUUCAGUCGUUGCAGCAGAUUUGCUUGGGUUUCAUUGACAUUUUGGAUGAGAUCAACAAAGCCGGCUCCCGUAGCUCUGCAUCGUUUAUCCUGCAGAUCGAGCAAUACUUCGAGACAGACCUGACCUCAUUGUCCUUGGCUGCGCAUCAAGCAUGUGAAGAACUCUGGCUACUGUCGCUCAAGAGUAGUUCUGACGGUUCGCUUGAGACCUGCCACGGACCAGUGCAGGACUGGCUGAAUGGUAAUGGCCAUGGUCAUUGCAGCCACGGCUUUUCUCGAGGUCACCAUGGAAGCAAGCAUGGACACUCCUUCGUCUUCGACUGCGUUGAGCCCGUCGUCGUUCAAUUCUUCAAGACACCCUCCAGGCUAUUACUUGUCGCUGGAGACGCUGGCUAUGGAGAGCAAGAGCUCGUGUCCAACAUAAUCGAGCGUUUACAAUUGUCUUUGUCACUGGAUGCAAAACUGCUUCGCGCAUCAGUUGUGUCUGCGACACAGGGUUUAACAGCAUCCAUUCGUCUUCUCAAAGCGUUGCUCUUCCAGCUGCUUGAUCAGUCUAUCGGCGACACUGGCCUGUUAGAUGCCAUCAAUACGGUCAGGAAGCGCAGUGAAACUGAGCCAGCGGAGAAGACUGAAGACCUAUUGUGGGAACUUCUUGCCGAUCGUUGUUCCAAGGCCAGUGGUAACGUUGCCAUUGUGAUCAACACCAUUGACAGUCAUGGAACUGAUGGCUCCUCCAAGUUCCUUGCCAAGCUCCAAGCACUUACAUCCGAAUGCGAUAAUAUUCGCUGUCUUGCAUUGGCUGAUGCCGAUUCAGCAAGAUCCAUAUCCGGUGCUCAGAUAUACACUCUGUCUCGUAUGGACAUUCGCAGAAAUGCCCGUUCGUUCAUGCAGACGGCGCUCUCAACCUCUGCUAUACUAUCAUUUCUUUCGGCUGAGAUGAAGAGGGAGCUUCAGAAGCAUAUCGCAGAACGUCAAUGGACGUCGCUGCUGGAAGCCAAGCUUAUCCUUCGACUACUAGAGGCCGAGCAUGACCUGGGUCGUAUGACAGACAUCAUUUGCAAGACACCCAAGACUGUUCAGGGUAUUCUCGACAAUAUGCUACUCAAGAUUGACUACUCCAAUCCUGAUAUGCAGUCCCUUCUCUCAUGGCUUCUCGUGGGAAAGCGGCCUAUCCAGGUUGAUGAGAUGGAGCGAUAUGGCUCUGUGACUAUGAGCAACUGGCUCAGAAGAAUCCGUUCCGGCCGGUCCGUGAGCUCCAACUCUCCUCUUGCCAGUAUCAUCACCAUUCGCAGCGGUCGUAUUCAGUUUGUCGACUCUGUUGUCCAAGCGAAGAUGCAUCAUCUUGCUACACAUGGCAAGAUCGCAUUGUCGUUGAACCUGGCUCAUCGAAGGGUUGCGAUUGACUGUCUUGAGCAUGCGAAAAAGUACCUUCAGCAAGACAAGGUCGAUAUUGUCUUCCAAAACGUGUCUCAGAGCCAAUGGGCUACAGCGGCUUCGUACAAAGACUUUGAUCCACUGAUGGUGUACGCCGCCAGAAAUUGGUAUGAGCACUACGAGAAGUCGCUUUCAUCUUCAGAGAAACUCUCGCGACAUCUCCCUACUGAAGUUUCAUCCAAGAUGUCUGAUUCAGUAUUGAUGGCUUUAGCUGAAUGGCACUUCCUCCGAUCUGAAGGCGAUAGUGUUAUGACGAACAAGCAAUUGACCAAGAUUCUCUCCCUGCGAAAGGCUGCUUUUGGUCCAAACGCCAAGUCUGUGAUCCAAACAUUGAUCAAUCUUGCUCAUUCGGAUCUUCGUCGGACUAUUAGCAUUGAGAAGCUGGUCGAAGCUUUUGAAGCAGCCAUUCUCACCUUCGAAGACCCAAGCCCUCAGGCUACCGCUGGUGCCAAGUACAUCACGUCCCUAGUCAAGCCGCACACGACGCUGUCUUCGAAGAGUUCCAAGGUAUACAAGUACCUUUGGCGCGUUCUGAGAGGUGAGCUUGGAGAGAGCCAUGAUCAGACACUCGCCGUCGCUCAGAGGCUUGCGGAGUUGUACAAGGCUGAGAUGCGUUUCGCUGAGGCUGCAGAGAUUCUGCACGAUAUGUACGUGGCCUGCUGCCGAACCAGAGGCCUGUUCGCAAGUAAGACGCUUGAUCUGUUCCACGCGCUGAUCGAUUCUCUUGAGCAUGCUGAUGACAUGGCUGCUGCUCAGCAGCUGUGUCAAGAUGUUUUCGAUGCUGCACCGACUCUAGAAACGUGGACAGAUGCUGCACUCUCUGCUAUUACUCGCAUCGUUCGACACUACCAAGACCGUGGUAUGUCGAGCGCUUCCAAGGGUGCUCUGCAGCAGUUAUGGAGCUUGCUUCAAGGGCAGUUGAACAAGGAGAACAACAAUCAAGGUGCCAUAUUGGUCGCUUUUACUUCCGUCACUCUUCAACUGGCGACAAAGUUGCGCGAUCUUUCCUUGGAAAAGGAAGCUAGCACGACGCUGGUGUCAUUUUGGACUUCUGUCUCCAGGUUCGUGACAACCGACCGUCGGUGCGAAGUGACCACACUGGUGAACCUGCGAGAGAUCGCACAGCUUCUCCUCCGACUCGAGAAGAACCAGGAAGCAUUGAGCAUCCUUCGGGUGCUGUACGAGAUUCAUCAACUACCCUCUCAUGACCACUUUGACGAAAUGCUCCAAGUCUAUUCUGCGCUCAUUGUCUGCUACAAGGGUGUUAAGAACCCUAUUGAAGACUUCUUGUGGCUGAACAUCCUCGAUAGUAUUCUCCAUACCACAUCCGGUCAUGGAGACAUAGGAUCAGACACGGUCUUUUUGUGCAGAGAUCUGGCCCAUCUGCAUCGCUCGCGAUCAGAGUGGAAAGCAGCCAUCAGCAUAUGUCGAAAGAGCCUUGAGGUGUUGUGGCCGCAGGUCCUCAUAGAAGGGGGAAAGCUACAUCUGCCGAAGACUUUCACCCACGAACGUGUUGAGAUUGCGAUCAUAAUGGCUCAGAUGUACAAGUUGACUGAUCAGGUCUCCCAAGGAGAUGCCUUGAUCCAGUCCAUCGUCAAGUGCUGCAAGCAGAGCGUGCUUCUCUGGCAGUCUUCUAGCCAAGACAUUGCCCUGAUUCUUUCUGGAGCUCUUGAAGACGCAGGUCUACAUCUUGAGGCUUUGGAGUUCUGGAAGUCUAUCGUUGGCGAUUGCAGAACUCACUUGGGCCAUUCCCACUCAUUCACACUUCACAUCGCUGCGGCGAUUGUCCGUCUAAGCCUCCAUCUCGGUACUGUCAUUGAAGAUGACGACGACAUUUGUGAUUGUUUCGAGGAAGAACCUGAUGAAGACGAUGUCGCUUCAAUCACUGUUCUCAUCGAAGGUCUUCUUGCCCUGUGUAAGAACCAGAGAGGCAAGGGCAAGCGAGAGAGCUACACGAUUCUCCUCCGUCGGUACGAGCGCCUCUGGUCGUACUAUGCUGACCUACGACACCAUGUAUCGAUGGACGCUUCUCGAGGAUUUGAGAUAUACAUUGGCUACUCCCAAGCAUUGCUUUCUGUGGGCAGUGUAUCCAUCGCCGUGCGUCUUGCCCGUAAGCUGAGGACUAUUAUGCUGUCAGACCUGGGACGCCAGGAUAUUUGGUACCUCAAGGCGUCGCUUGAACUGACCAAGCUUCUUGAGAUGGAUGACACAACUCUUCGUGAAGCUGUCGAUAUCUAUGACGAGAUAAACGAGAUCAGCCUGGGUAUGUCUGGUACAGAUGAGGCAUUCAUCGAGAUCCUGCGCCUCGUUGAGGAACGCUUAAGUGUCCUCAUGUCAAGCAAGCCUCUUCUUCAUGACAGAGCAGAGCACAUUCUCAUCAAGUCUUGGAGGCAGUGUGCCAAAAAGCACGGCUAUGGCCAUGAGCGCGCCAUCUCGAGCCUGAAGAAGGUUCUCGACUUUUGGGCCGCGAACCUCAAUGCCGAAAACAAGAAGCAAGCCACAGUCACCCUAGAAGAGGUUAUUCUGGGAGUUCUGAAGAAGGAGACAAAUCCCAGAAAGUUGUUCCAUCUAGCAGAGCACUUCAACGCAAUGUACAAGCUCCUUGGUGUUGACCACGGAAACCUGGUCUUCUUGAAGACCAUCCGCUCCGAAAUAGCGCGGUCACAACCCCAAGGACUUUGCGGUCAGGCAUACCUGCAGAACAAGCACAAGCGUUCGGUGACGUAUGACCGCAGAUGUCUUGUUCUUGUAUACGCGAUGGAAGCACUCUCCAAGAAGAAGACAGAAAGCCUCUUCGGUGACAUCUUGACGCGAGUCGUUGCUGAGACAGCGCUUUAUGAGGCGUGGCUUCGAGCUGGACAGCAGAACGAUCAGCUUGGCAAUCUCUUGACGACCGGUUCGCGAUUGAUUCAGCAUCUCGAAGCUUAUAGUUUGCGCUCCGAGGCUGGUGGCAUUCAAGACGAACUAUGGAAAUUGUUCUGCCGCAUGCUAGACCGACCAGAGGGCAAGGGUAGCUCGACAUAUCAUCUCUUCCAAGCUAUUCUUGCUUCAUCUUCCGAACAAGAUAUCUCCACGUCGCUUUUGCAAGAUGCAUUUGGACUUAUUCAGCAGAUGGCGGAUGCUGGCUCGCACAAAGCAUGUUUCUACCUGUCGCAAUGGGUGUUUGAGUACAGCGAAAACGGAGCCGACAGCGACGAUAGCUCUUCUGCGCUUGUGCUUCUGAAGCUGAGUACCUUGCUGUAUAAGAUCUCCGAGAUCGAAGUCGAUGUAUCGCUCAGUGGUUCGAUCGAAGAGCUGGCUACACAGUUGGGAGUAUUGGCGAUGAGCUACACUUCUGACAUCGACUUGAGUGUCUUGAGUGUAAGCCACCUCACAUGCAUUCUCAGCAUCGCCGGCAAGCAAAACGACUACAUCACUCUCAAGCGCAUUCUUGAACUCCUGUGGAACUCGCGCGACCACUACGACUUCAACCUCGAGCCCACCACCACCAUCGCCAUUGGUAAGCGACUGGCAGAGGUUCAUUUCGCCUGCGGAGAGCACACCACAGCUUUCACUCUUCUCGAGGAUAUCAGCUAUAACCUCAAGGAUGUAUACGGCGCCAAUCAUUCUAUGGCCAUGAGUUGCAUGAGGCUUCUAGCAUCCAUGCACGAGAGUCUAGGUCACCGCACCUCGGCCAUAGACGUUAGGUUCCUCAUGCUCAAGGAUGCUGCAACCUGGGAGGACGACCUGACUUCUCCGGGUUCGCAGGAGGAGGCAGUAGCCUUCUAUCUUGACCAACUCCAAUUCCUGAGGAACGGGUAUGCGGUCGUGGGGCAGGAUUAUUCUUGGCACUUGGAGCAGAAUAUGGAUUACCUCGAGGAAAUUACUUCCAAGGUGAAGCAAUUGAUCUCGGUGUCUACUGCUACUCAUGAGGUGGGAGAUAUCUUGGACCUAGGGGCCUGGACUGGCUUGGAGGAGGUGGAUGUAAGUGAGGAUGCAUUGGAUGUUUGGUGCGCGCCCGAGGAUUGGAGGGUUGAGAUGGGAAUGGAGGAUGAUGCUGAUAGCUGUGCUUAUUCAACUUCGUCGACGAACGUGUAAUAUUGGGAAUCUAGUUAUUCAAAUUAAUGGUAUUUAUGUCUUUUAU